AUGAACAAGGCAAAUCCUUUGAGUAGUCCAAUGAUGGGUAGAACCCUUAAUAUUGAAAAGGAUUAUUUUAGGCCUAAGGAAAGUAAUGAAGAGGAUCUUGGCGCAGAAGUUCCAUACCUCAAUGCCAUUGGGGCACUCAUGUACCUUGCUAACUAUACAAGAUCCGAUAUAGCUUUUGCAGUGAAUUUACUAGCAAAAUUUAGUUCAUGCCCUACUAAAAGACAUUGGAAAGGAAUAAAGCAUAUAUUUCGAUAUCUUCGAGGUACAUCUGAUCUUGGUUUAUUUUAUUCUAACAAUACAAAACCAAUUUUGCUUGGUUAUGCAGAUGCAAGAUAUUUGUCAGACCCACAUAAUGCUAAAUCACAAACUGGAUAUAUAUUCACAUAUGGCAAUACUGCAAUAUCAUGGAGAUCUCAAAAGCAAACUAUUGUAGCAACUUCUUCAAAUCAUGCAGAAGUAAUUCCCCUUCAUGAAGCAAGCAAAGAGUACAAUGCGGCAUGUGUUACCCGGAUGAAAGAAGGUUACAUAAAAAGUGACAGAACCAAGCAUAUCCCUCCAAAGUUUUUCUCAUUCACACAAGAACUGGAAAGAAACAAAGAUGUUGAUAUUCAGUAUAUUCGUUCAAGUGAUAACGUGACAGAUCUUUUUACAAAGGCACUUUCUACAUCAAUUUUCAAGAAGCAUGUACAAAGUAUUGGAAUGCGUCACCUUCGAGAUCUUUAA